AUAAUUUAAAAAUAAACUGCACAUUUUCAAAAAUUGAUGCAUAUAUUUAUAGCAAAGAUAGAAAAACUGUGAAUGAAAGUUUUAUUUGACCUAAGACACCGAUUUUUUACUUCUUCGAAGACGAUAAAAUUGGCUUACCUUGUGCCGAUUUAUCCAAAGGAAUUGCCUGAGCUUUCAGUCGCUGAUCGAUUACGUACAACAUUUCGGACCCGAGAUUUAGUACAAUAAAAAGAUGUCUUUGGAUGCCUAUGAUUUGUACGCAAAACUUUGGGUCAUGAUUGUCAAAAAUGGCCAGAAGGAAACCUUCGAAAAAAACCUGAAAGCAUGUCAGACUGAUUACGAAAUUAUUACUUUCUGCCGUCGGGAGCUAGAGAAAUCAGGUUUGCUGAAAGAUUUAAUGCCGCAUGUAGAUGACUGCAAGGACGAAACCCUGGCAAUAGCGCACCGGAAAGAAGGCAACCAAUAUUUCCACCCACGAAUAAAACGUUACACGGACGCUUGUGAAUUUUACAACCAAAGUAUAGCUGUGUCGCCAGUGGGCUCAGAGAGUAUGGGCAUCGCAUAUGCUAAUCGAUCUGCAGUUUGUUUUGAACUGAGAGAAUACGAAGAUUGUUUGCUAAACAUUCGACUAGCUAUGGAAAACAACUAUCCAAAGCAUUUGAUUCCGAAGUUGGAAAAACGUAUGGCUGAAUGUUUGAAAUUAGCCAGCAAAACGCCAAAUGUGAAGAAAGCUAACGAUCGACAGCAGCCAAAGUUGAGUUACAAGUCUAAUCCUAAAAUACCUCAUAUUUCGAGUUGCUUAGAGUUAAAGGAGGAUCCACAGUUUGGACGUUAUUUAGUGACAAAUCGAGAUGUUAAGGCUGGUGACAUUUUAAUCAUGGAAGAACCAUUCUCAUCUAUUCUACUCACGGACCUCAAGUAUUCUACCUGUGACUUUUGUCACGAAGAUUUGUUUCUAAGAUUGAUUCCUUGUGAAGGUUGCACGGUCACAAUGUUUUGUUCGAAUGCCUGCAAAGAUAAAGCUUAUCAAGCUUAUCAUCGGAUUGAAUGUCCUAUCGUGAAGGAAGCGCGAACUUUGGUUACAAAGGUUAUAUUUAUGGCUUUCCGAACAACGACGACGGCAAUCAGUACGUUUGAUAAUAAUUUUGACGAACUUAAAUCGCAUGUUCAAAAUAUUGAUGAGACUACACUGAAUCCAUUUCAGUUUGAUUGGAACACAAUAACUGCUCGCGAAAGGUAUAGCACAAUUCAUGCAUUGGCGACAAAUAAAAACCUACGCACUCCUAGCGAUUUGUUACAGCGAUCGAUCUAUGCAAUAGUUCUCAGCGAUGCAUUGUUCAACAAAACAUGGCUUAAAGAUAUUUGCGAUGGAACUGAAUCUCACAGAGAUUUCGUCCGUGUUCUUAUUUUUCAUCAUAGCCAAACGUCGCCAGUUAACAUGCAUUCAACGAUGUACAUAAACUAUCGGCCUAAUACUGCCGACGUCCAUGCACAUGAUAAUUUAGGCUGUGGUGCUUUUCCGAUACUUAGCAUGAUCAACCACUCUUGUUCACCGAACAUGGUACGAAUAACACUUCCCGAUGGAAGAAAUAUGGCUUUCCUCAAUCGACCACUUAAAAAAGGCGAUCAAAUUUUUGAUAAUUACGGAUUUCAUCACUGCCUCGAUACUUUCAAGGAGCGCCAAUCCGGUCUAGAACAACAAUACUGUUUCAAGUGUCAGUGCGAAGCUUGCGAGAAAGAUUAUCCCUUAUUCAAUGAACUACCACAACUUAUUAUUCUCAAAUUGUCAGAUCAACCAAUCAGCCCUAGAGAAUUGGAUCUCUUGAGUCGCCACGACCUUGAAACAGCCCGUGAAAAAGUGCCUACAUAUUGUCGAUUUCUGAACAAUUAUGACGACCAAUAUCCACAAUUUUUAAUCAGCUCGGUUCAAGAAGCUCUACUUCGGUGCUUCCAUAUUAUAUUCGCCAAACAAUCUCAUAAACUAAAAUACAAAGAUCUUUGCGAGUUUUAGGAAAAAACCAAUGUUUUGUUACUAAUGAAUCCAUUUAUUCAAUCUGUUGUUUUUUAAUUUUUAUAACUGCAAUUUAUUCAAAUGUUAAUAAAUAUUUCUUUCCUACAAAAC